AUGUCAACUAAAUGCUGUUCUGCGGCCGAAACAUCCGGACUAGCCAAUACUCUCCAAGGACAUGUGGACGACAUUCGCACUCUGAUACAGUGCGGUAUUUGCAUUCGACCUCUCUACGAACCUUUCACUCUUGCGUGUGGACACACUUUCUGCUAUUCCUGUCUAUCGUCAUGGUUCUCAGGAGGGAGAUCAAAACGAACAUGUCCCGAUUGUCGAGCACCCGUCAAAUCCCAACCGGCACCAGCGUAUCUGGUCCGGGCGGUCGUGCAGAUGUUCACAGCUCGCGCUGAGCUUCUAGACAAGGGCGAAACGACCAUGGAGCAUACGAAAAACCGACAAGAGGAAGCUGGGAAACUUGACCAAGACAAGUCGAAUAACCAUCCAACACAAGGAGGUCUAUUCGGCGGACUUUUCAGACCCAAAGCCCCCCUCUAA